CAAUAAUCUCAUGAAAGUCGUGCUGGAUACUGAUGGCGGGCUUGACGACGCGCUGGCCAUUUUGACAGCGGUGAACCUACUACCUCCAGGCACAGUGGUUGGGAUUACGACCGUCUUCGGCAACGUGGAUCUGCACCAAGCCACCCACAACGUGAAGAAGGUUCUCGAGGUCUCCAAGGACCCAUCGAUUCCAGUGUACUCUGGCGCCCGCGCUCCACUAGUGUCAUCAGUGGAAGCAACAGAAAAGUGGGAUGGCCAUGGCCCGGACGGAAUGGGCGGCGUCGCUGGCAUCGCCGAAGACAGGGGUGUUCAACCAAACGACGCAGUUCCUGCCUUGAUCAAGUACGCCCGGAUGUACCCUGGCGAACUCGUGGUGAUUCCCAUCGGCCCAGCGACGAACAUUGCACUGGCCAUUGCCGCCGACCCAUCGUUUGUGUCGAAUGUCGCGCAGGUGCUGUACAUGGGCUGCACCAUCAAAGGCGAGGGGAACGUCACCCCUCAUGCCGAAUUCAACACGGCCUGCGACCCAGAAGCAUGCCAGGCGAUGCUCACGGCGUUCGCGGGCAAGCUCACGGUGGUCGGGUGGGAGUUCACGCUGGAACAUGGGCUUCCGUGGUCCAUCUACCACGACUUGUGCGCCAUCGACACCCCCGAAGCCCGCUUCCUCCGAGGGAUCUGCGCCACGUACGAAACCCACCAGCAUGAGAUGCCGUUUGUCCUGUGUGACGUGUACACUGCCGUGCUGCUCGUCGACCCCGCCUAUGUUCUGCAUUCCAAGCUGGCCACGUGCAGUGUCAACUUGUCGGACGGCCCCCUCCGAGGCGCGUGCACGUGGACAGACGCGACGGACGCGGCCGCCGCCAUCAAAGUGAUUUGGAAGGUCGACAACGAUCGCUUCGUGAGUGUGUUGCGGCGACUGGUGCAAGGGGAUGUCCAUCUCUAUCUCGAUAAACCUUAGAGUGUGAUCAUCUGGACCUAUAGUGCUCAAUACAGUGUAAUAUUGGGGCUCCUCCACAACCAUAAACUGAUAGACUUUUCGAUACCAGAAAGU